GGGGGCUCGGGCGGGCCCCCGGAGGCGGCCCCCGCGGCGCUGCAGCGGGAGCCCGUGUAUAACUGGCAGGCCACCAAGGGCUCGCUGCAGGAGCGCUUCGCCUUCCUCUUCACCAACGAGCUGCUCAGCGACGUGCGCUUCGUGGUGGGCAAGGGCGGCCCGCGGCAGCCUGGCGGCGGUGGGCCCCCCGGGCCCGGCCAGCAGCGCAUCCCCGCCCACCGCUUCUUGCUGGCCGCCGGCAGCGCCGUCUUCGACGCCAUGUUCAACGGUGGCAUGGCCACCACCUCGGCCGAGAUCGAGCUGCCCGACGUAGAGCCCGCCGCCUUCCUGGCGCUGCUCAGGUUUCUUUAUUCAGAUGAAGUUCAGAUUGGUCCUGAAACAGUUAUGACUACUCUCUACACUGCCAAGAAGUAUGCAGUCCCAGCCCUGGAAGCACAUUGUGUGGACUUCCUCACUAAACACCUUAGAGCAGAUAAUGCCUUUAUGCUUCUUACCCAGGCUCGAUUAUUUGAUGAACCUCAGCUUGCUAGUCUUUGUCUUGACACUAUAGACAAAAGUACAAUGGAUGCAAUAAGUGCAGAAGGUUUUACUGAUAUUGACAUAGACACACUGUGUGCAGUACUAGAAAGAGACACACUUAGUAUUCGAGAAAGUAGACUCUUUGGAGCUGUUGUUCGCUGGGCAGAAGCAGAGUGUCAAAGACAGCAGCUGCCUGUGACGUCAGGAAACAAACAGAAAGUGCUUGGAAAAGCUCUCUCUCUAAUCCGUUUUCCACUAAUGACUAUUGAAGAGUUUGCAGCAGGUCCUGCUCAGUCUGGAAUUUUGUCAGAUCGGGAAGUGGUAAAUCUCUUUUUGCAUUUUACGGUCAAUCCUAAACCUAGAGUUGAUUAUAUUGACCGACCGAGAUGCUGCCUCAGAGGAAAAGAAUGCAGCAUAAACAGGUUCCAGCAAGUGGAGAGCCGUUGGGGGUACAGCGGAACAAGUGACCGAAUCAGGUUCACAGUUAAUAGAAGAAUCUCCAUAGUGGGAUUUGGAUUGUAUGGAUCUAUUCAUGGACCCACAGAUUAUCAAGUCAAUAUACAGAUAAUUGAAUAUGAAAAAAAUCAAACACUGGGACAAAACGAUACUGGAUUUAGUUGUGAUGGAACUGCUAAUACAUUCAGAGUUAUGUUCAAAGAACCUAUAGAAAUUUUGCCAACGGUCUCCUACACAGCUUGUGCAACACUCAAAGGUCCUGAUUCCCAUUAUGGUACAAAAGGAUUGAAGAAAGUAAUCCACGAAUCUCCCACUGCUAGCAAAACCUGCUUUUCCUUCUCUAGUUCACCUGGUAACAACAAUGGUACAUCGAUAGAAGACGGACAAAUACCAGAAAUAAUAUUUUAUACAUAAUUACACACGGUAGAGUUCAUCUCAGAUAAUACAAGUAGCAAUGUAUAGACUGACACUGGCAUAAAGUACUUGCUAUUGGUGGCAAUGAUUAAAUUCUAUGAACUUACAUAAAUAUAUAAUCUCUUCGUGUACUAUGAAACUAGAACAUUUCUUAUAGAAGGUACCAGAAAAAUCUAUUUUUCUCUCCAUGAUUUUGGCAGGAUAUCAAUAAGUUAACAGAUGUAGUUCCUUUUACCUUCACAAAAUAUUGAAAGUAAGAAGUACUCUAUAUUGUAAAGGUAUUUAAACAUUAUCUUGUGUUCUGUUGGUUUAAUUUACUUGCUGACCCCUUACAUUGUUUUCAGCAUUUGGUGAAAUUCUUCUUUGAUCUCGUUUGUUAUGAAAUUUUGGUAUUUUUGUUCUUUAAAAAUGCAAUAGCUAUAUUACUUUGUCCCAGACUUGCAUUUCCCUCUAAAAUACUCUUGGCAAUGACCAUUAUGGACUCAAAUGACAAUUUUUUUUUUUUAAUUACAGCAACAAAACUGGAUUUAUAUUCUUCUUUUAUUUAAAUGAGCCAUGAAGAAAUACCUGGGUUAACACUGUAAACAGUAUCUGGAAUUGUAUUAAAGAAAUAUAGCACAUACUUAUAGCUGAGAUCUGCAAUGUACAAUACAUAAAUGGUCUUGGUUUCAUUCAGAAAUGUGUAUUUUAUAGUAAUGUACUGGAGCGUGUAAGUUGGUGUGGUGAUGACUAUUGUAUAUAACUAUGCCUGCAAAAAUGUAUAAUGUGAAGAUAUGAAAAUACAAGACUUCUAUUAAUAGUAUUCUAGGACCUGGAUGCUCAGGCAUUAACCAGCACUAAAAUCUUGAUCUGAUUUAACUUUAUCUGUUUGUGCAUUUAGUUCCAGAGAAUAUCUACAAGUGGGUAUGAGGCAGUGCAGCCAAUUGAAAGGUGCAAUAAAUGUACAUAAAUGGUCAGUAUACUCUGCAGCAUUCUCUGCAGUUGUUGUUUAAACAACCAAAGUGUGAAAAUUUCCAUUCACUCCACAGGAUCCUGUACACUCCCACAAACCAUAUCAUAAUAAAUUAGUAUGUAGUUGAAAGCAAUGACUGUUUCCCUAAUGUUCUACAUUACUACCAUAGGUAUGGUACAGUGUGUACACUUAUUUUUGACUUUAUUUAUAAUGCUACUAAUGUUAUCUUAGCAGGUAAAUAAGGAGUAUUUAGAUCAUAUAGUAUGUUUAUUUUAAAGUGAGCUUAAAAUGAGUGAAAUCCCAUACCAUUUUUUGCUUGCAGAAAAGUCUUGUAAUUUUUUAAAAAUACAUACAGUAACCACUGAGGUAAGAUUAGAGCAGCUUUAAAGUUGAAAUGGCAUUAAUAGCAAUGUAAGAGGACUUCAGUUAAACUAUGUAGUGUAAAAAAGGUUCUUCAAAAAAACGUGCAAUUCUUUAGUUUAAAUAAGCUUUUUUGUAGUUAAGUGAAAUGCAUGUCAGUUGAACUUAAGAAAACUUCCUUUAGAUUGCUGUUCCUAGUGCCAUAUGUCUAGAUAUAGAUAUUUGAAGUCACUUUAGUCCUUUGACAUACUAAUAAAUAGUUGUUGCUGUCUUAGCCAAUAUAUAUUAGAUGAAAAGAGAAAUGCAGCAGUACCUGUGUAAACCAUGACUUCUGAUACCUUUGUGCUCUUACAUUUCACUUUUUUUGGUCUAACCUGUAUUUACAGGCCUGACAUCUAGAGCUGAGGAGAGCAUUACUACAAAGCUCUGCUGAGCCAAGGAACUAGUAUCAGCCUGAUAGUUCUUUAGUUUGGUGGUGAGUAAUAAGAAUGGACCACAUCCGUUUUCUUUCAGACUUCCUAUGUUAGGGUAUGGAAAACGGUUUGUGUCUAGUAGAUCUCCUUUUAAUUGUCCUUUAAAUCGUAAUAUUUUUAGCAGUGGUGAAUAUAAUUAGUAACAUGCAAGCAGCCAGCCUGCUAUGUAGAGGCAGGGACAUUAACAAAAGUGGGGUUUCCUUCUCUAGCUGCUGGAUGGAAAAAUGUUAGGCUAAUAUAGAAGAACUCACAGAAGCCUAAUUAUCAGGUUGGAAAUUUCCCUUCCUCCUUAAUGUUAUUCUUAUUACUCACAAAGAUAAGUCAUUAAUAUGUACACUUCAGGACUGGAGAAAAUGCAUCUAGAGUAGAACCAUAGAAUAAUGUUGAAUAUUCAGCAUUAGUCUACCUUGAAAUGUAAUAAGCUAUUGAAAGAUGAAUCACAGAGAAGUGCUAAGAAAUCUCAUCUAGUUCUAUCAUGCUGACAGUAACUACUUAAAAAAUGUAUUUUCUUCAAUACCUAUUUCUCUGAUACUCUAUUAGCUGAAUUAUUUCUAUUUUCCUGUCUGGCAAGUGAUAAAUUAUUUAGGUACAUUAUUUGGCACUGAAAUUAAAUACAAGAGCUAAUGUGUCAUUUCUGUUAUGAAAGUCACUAGUUAGCUUAAAAAACCUGACCAAAACAUCUUGUAAAGUGGGUUACUAAAGUUUUCACUAUUCUUUGUUCUAUUGCCCCAACUCUUAAGUUUAUGUAUCUUCUUGUGGUUCCUAACUGAAGAUAGCAAAAACAAAGAAAAAAAAUCAUAAGUUAUUGCAAAAUAAAGGGUUAACUAUUGAAUUAAAAAUCAAUUUAUGCCAGUCACAAGUACUGUUUAUCAUACCUUUACUCUAAUGCUUGUCAUUUACUGAAAUAAUAAAUACCUCUUAGUUACCCACCUGAGUAUCUUUGGGCCAACUUUGACAAAUCCACUUGCAUCUAUUUUGUGAGUUAAAUUAUCCUGCAUGUAGAAUGCAAUAGUAAAUAUGUGCUUAAGUAUUCUAGAGAGAGCCUUUGGUGUAGAGGGAGUCAGCUUUCCUUUUAUUCUUUCCAAAUCCUCAAGGCUUAGCUGGUUAGUUUAAAGAAUGUUGCUAGUGAUCUGCUGGAUGAUUCAUUGAGGGUUGUUAGUAAGUUUUUUUGCAGUGGUUCUUCUGUAGCUAAUAUAACUUAAUACCUGCAUCAUAUAGGCAUUAUGGCAGAAAAUUAAAACAUGUUUAAGCCUAUGAUUACUGCUACCUGGUAAUUAAAAUCUGUUUUUUCACCUGU